AUGUCGAGAACACCCACUCUCCCCAAAUUGAUAAUCACACCUUCCACACCUCUACCUCCUCAUACAUCAUAUUUCGAUCUUCCCUCAUCCCCCCUUCCUUCACCUUCCUCUCAGACGUUUACUGCGAAUGACGAGAUCCAAUCACGUAGAAGUUCUCAAUCAUUCGAUAACGAUCAAGUCAACGGUCAUACCGAGAAACGACCUGCUCCUAUACGAUCAUACUCCCUACCUACCGAUUCAUACCUCUCUUUACCAUCUCCCACCCGUCCAAAAUCAGGUAAACGACCGCUCCGCUCACCUCUGAUAUCCAUCCUAUUCCUCGCAUUUGCGUUCCUAUUGGUCUUGUCGACUGCUAUGUGCACUUCGUCAUCUGCCGGCAAGUUGUUGGACAUACAGAGAGAAGCAGGAAAGAAAAUUAAUGAUUUGUUAAGGAUAAAAGGGUGUAAAGAGCAAAAUGAGGGUAGCCAGAUUCCAGUGACUGGCUUGGAAGAAUCGGGAUCGGAUCAAGGAGGAGCAGGUGGAAUCAAAAGUCUCUUUGACUCCUUAUGGAAUAGGGAAGAAGAAUAUCAUCAUUAUGCCAAUUCACUUGUCACGGCUGGUCCGGCAAUUAGUUUGGACGGUAGUGCGAUAUGGGAUUUCGAUUCGCAAUUUUAG